GGAGAAGUCACGUGACGCAACCCGGAACUGGAGGGAGAAGAACGAAGGGGGCGGGGCUCCAUCUGACAGGCGCGUCCCAUCGCAACAAGGGACCCGCAGCAUGUCGACACUGUGCGUUCUGCUGCUGAUGGCGGUCCCCCUGGACCCGGUGCUCUCGCUGACAUUCCACCUGCCGGUCAACUCGAUAAAAUGCCUCCUCGAACACGUGGGCAAAGACGUGCUCGUCUCAGGCGAGUACGAAGUGAGGCAGCAGCACGAAAACACUCGGACUACUUUGAAGGUCAUUGAUUCUUUGUGGGAGACGUUGUACGUCAAGGAGAACGCCACGAAAGGGAAAUGGUCAUUCAUAACACCAAAUGACGAAAGGAUUGAAGUUUGCUUCAGCAGCAUAUCUUCAAGCACUGGGAGGGUCCCAGACCAAGUGGUCAUACUGAACCUGAAGCAUGGUGUGGAGGCCCAGAACAACAGAGAGAUUGAAAAACUGGAGAAGCUGAAGCACCUUGAGCUCCUCUCACAGUCCAUUGCAGAUGACUUCACCAACCUGAGCAAACGAGGGAAGGAGAUGCGACAGACAAAUAGUUCCACCAAUAGGCGGCUGCAGCUCUUCAGCGUCACAUCCGUCUGCUGUUGUCUUGCUUUGGCCUCGUGGCAGAUUUUCUACUUGAGACGAUUCUUCAAGACCAAGAAGCUGAUUGAGUAAAUACUGCUGAGGGGCUGAAAGUCUGGGAACAUAUACACGGCCACCGCAACGCGCCUUUUGCUGCAUUCGUCUUCACGCGUCACAUUUCGCCCGAUGCAUAUUUGAAGGGUUCGUGUGGAGAAAAAACACAACGGAUAUCGUUUGUCCUCCAGGAAAUAUCAAACUGGUCUUGUGUUGUUUUAAUCACAUAUUAUUCAUUUUCCCAAAUCAUGCUUUUUUUCUUUGUUGUUUUUUAAUUCAGUUUAAGAAUGUUAUUAGCAAAUGAGCGAUUGCUGUAAGAACAGUUUGUGUAUUUGUUUGCUAUAUAUGUUAAAUAUGUUGUUCAUAUUAAAAGUCUUCCUGUGAAUUCACAAACAA